GCCCUCGCCGCCUCUUGCUUUCUUAUAACCCCGACGAGCAAUCGGAGGAAGAAGAGGACACUGCGUUCUUGGAACAGAGAACAGAGGAGAGAGAGAUGGAGAGAUCUCAGAUCUGGUUUGCUGUCGGAACCCUAACCAUGGGUCUGCUCUUUGCCUCCGCCCUCGCUGACGGCGACGUCGUCGUCCUCACUGAGGCCAACUUCGAGAAGGAGGUUGGCCAGGAUCGCGGCGCCCUCGUCGAGUUCUACGCGCCUUGGUGUGGGCACUGUAAGAAGCUUGCCCCUGAAUAUGAAAAGCUUGGCUCAAGCUUUAAGAAGGCUAAAUCUGUUUUGAUUGGAAAGGUGGACUGCGAUGAACACAAGAGUUUAUGCAGCAAGUAUGGGGUUUCAGGAUACCCAACAAUUCAGUGGUUUCCCAAAGGUUCCCUUGAACCAAAAAAAUACGAAGGCCCACGAACUGCAGAAGCACUUGUUGAGUUUGUGAAUACCGAAGGAGGAACAAAUGUGAAGUUGGCGACUGUUCCCUCCAAUGUAGUUGUUUUAACUUCGGAGACAUUUGACCAAAUCGUCCUUGAUGAAACAAAAGAUGUUCUUGUGGAAUUCUAUGCACCAUGGUGUGGUCACUGCAAGCAUCUUGCUCCUACUUAUGAGAAGGUAGCCAAUGCAUAUAAAUUGGAAGAGGAAGUUAUCAUAGCUAACUUGGAUGCUGACAAAUACAAGGAUUUAGCAGAAAAAUACGGAGUAAGUGGUUAUCCUACAUUGAAGUUUUUCCCAAAAAGCAACAAAGGUGGUGAAGACUAUGAGGGUGGCCGCGAUUUAGAUGACUUUGUUAAAUUUCUGAAUGAGAAGUGUGGCACCAGUCGUGAUGCGAAUGGCCAACUUACUUCACAGGCUGGCAUUGUAGCAAGCUUAGAUGCUUUGGUGAAGGAAUUUGCGACUGCUUCAAAUGAUGCACGAAAAGCGAUUCUAUCUCAGAUGGAAGAGGAGGUUGGAAAACUAACAGGUUCUUCUGCAAGGUAUGGCAAGACUUACUUGAAGGCUGCAAAAAGCUGUAUCGAAAAAGGUGCUGACUAUGCUAAGAAGGAAAUCGAGAGGCUGCAACGCAUGUUGGAAAAGUCGAUUAGUGCUUCCAAGGCGGACGAGUUCAUCAUUAAGAAGAACAUCCUGUCUACUUUUGCAGCUUAAGCUGAUGGAGGCAUCUAAGAUUUUUCUGUGUCAACUAGAGGGGAUACUUUUACUAUGGGGAAUAGGGUUCUUCAUGUUACAGACUCCACUUGUUAAUGAACUUAUCUUUUUGACUUAGCGUCCGAUCUUGUUAUUGAUAUCAUUACAAUUCAACUGAUCUUGUUUGUCA